CCAGGUGCGCCUGCCUGACAGGUGCCCUCCAAUUUGGAAGGCUCCCUCGAUCCGCAGCCGCAGUUCACCGGAGGUUCCUGGUAAUGAUCAGCACGGUACAACGCCUCCACUGCUAUAUAAGAGUCCCAACUGUCCUUGAAAGAAGGACACCAAGCAUCUCCAACUUGAAUCAACACAAUGGUUGCCUUCUCUUCUAUCAUUCUCGCUCUCGGUAGCGCCACUGCGGCUCUGGCCUCGCCCCUUGGCCUCAUCCUAGAGGCUCGUGCUCAGGAAGAGUCUGCCAACUUGACUGCUCGCGCCACUCAGCCAGGCGAAGGCACCAACAACGGCUAUUUCUACUCAUUCUGGACCGACAACCAAGGUCAAGUCACCUACAACAACGGUGCUGCCGGAAAGUACGAUGUCCAGUGGUCCAACGUCGGUAACUUCGUUGCUGGCAAGGGAUGGAACCCCGGUUCUCCUGACAAGGUGGUCAAAUACUCUGGCACCUGGAACGCCGCCAAUGUAAACUCCUACGUCUCUCUUUACGGAUGGACUCGCAACCCGCUCGUCGAGUACUACAUCGUCGAGACCUACGGCUCUUACAACCCCUCUUCUGCUGCUCAGAAGAAGGGUUCCGUCACCUCUGACGGUGGCACAUAUGACAUCCUCCAGACCACCCGCACCAACCAGCCUUCCAUUGACGGCACUGCUACCUUCCAGCAGUACUGGUCUGUUAGGACUAGCAAGCGCGUUGGUGGUACCAUCACUGUCAAGAACCACUUCGAUGCCUGGGCCAAGUACGGACAGAAGCUUGGUACGCACUACUACAUGAUACUCGCUACUGAGGGCUACCAGAGUUCUGGAUCUGCUAGCAUCACCGUUGAGAGCUCUUGAAGAAUUGCGCUUGCAAAUCAGAGUAGUCAAAAAGCCUGACGGCUUGAAUUCUUGUAGAUAUAUAC